CCCUGCGGGUCUUAAGACAGAGACAGAGACGUUGCUAACCGAGCCAUAGGCCCCCAGUGGAGAAGCUAACCGCUAACCAGUAACCGCUGAUCUGGUCUGUGCAGAGGUAUUAGCUCCCUGAUAGAAGAAGACAGGAUUAAGAUCAGAAGGGGUUUAGCAGCAAACAACCUGCUUUUCAUUGUGUGAUCGCAUCGCUCCAGGGAAGGACCAGGAACGAAGGACCAAGAAGGACCAGCAACAUGAGAGCUGUCCAGAACUGUACCGUACUCCUUGUCUCGCUACUUUUCCUCACUUCAUACAGUGAAGCCCUACGAUGCUAUACCUGCAUGGGCUCUAAUGAUGAGGACUGCAAUCAACAGGGCUCCGCAACCUGUCCAAGCCACUCUGACGCCUGCGCUUUGGUCCGAGGACAAGGAAGUGAGUUACACAGCGGAGUGAUGAAGUCCUGCUCCUACAAGUCUUUCUGUAGCCAGGCCAACAGUCAGGGUUACAGGUCGCCAGGGGUCAGAGUUCACUGCUGUUUCUUUAACGACUGCAACGUGACAGCAAACGCAUCCAAACUGGGAGGAAGUCUCAGCUACCUGCUACUCCUCCUGCCCCUGCUCCUCCACUGGAUCUCAAUCUAACUACCUGCCGACCGACCAACCGGCCGGUGGGCAAUGGGGUCAUGUGACCCCUCUCUUCCCAUCCACCACCAUCUCCUCCUACUGUAGCCCAAACCCUGUCCCACACCAGCAUUUCCUUUCAUUCCUCAAGCAACAGCAACACACACACCAAUACGUGCUUGUGCAUGCUAGCUCAGUAUACAGUGUCAUAAGAUGUGCUGUAACUGAAGUUCUGGACUGGUUUCAGUCGGGUCCUCCUAAGACGUUUGGGUGGACGACGGGGCUAUUGAAUAACCUACAGUUACCUGGACAGGUGUUAAAUGUGAACAAACACAGGCCUUUUCACUGGGCCUAUUCAUCCCACAGGUCUGAAUGUAUUGUGUGAAGUAUUAUGGAACAAUGAGAAUGAAGGAAUUCAUAGCCUGGUCCCAGAUCUGUUUGUGCUGUCUUGCCAACUCCUAUUGCCAAUGUCAUGAGUUAACAAGUCUCGGAAAUCCCAGAUCUAGGGCAACAACAGCAUAUUGGUACAUUGAGAGACUAACAAGACAGCACUAACAUAUCUAUGAUCACUCAGGCUACUAAAAGGAACUCACCUGACACUUGGUAAAACCAUAAGCCAUUUAGGUGAUAUGGCCAGGUGCUUUAAACCACCAAGCCAAUCAACACCAGCGGAAGUAGUUUAAAUUAUACCUGGUUUUUACUGAUGCGCUGUUACUGUGUGUGAAGUGGGAGAGGGAUGAAGAGAGAGAGAGAGAGAGACAGAGAGAGAGACAGAGAGAGAGACAGAGACAGAGACAGAGAG